AUGGCUAUCUUACGAGCCAGCUACCACACCCCAGACUUAAAGGAUCCAGCUGAACUUGCAACUUCUGAACGACGAGUAUAUCUUUUAAUCGGUAGAAUGAAGCAGCCUGACAGACGGAAAGCUCUGGCUGAAUUCGCUUCAACAGACAACCAGCCUUAUGCACCAUCUACUCAAAUUCUUGUGGCAACUGAUGUGGCUAGUCGGUGA